UUUCUCUCCUUCACAAUCACAACCCAUAAGUCCCAUGGCCAUGACCAGCUGGAAGUAAGCUGCAUGUGGGUCAGAUAGACCAACGUUUCUUCUAUCUGUUUCAUGGGAUUAGCCAUCACCGUGGCAUUACCUAACUGUGGAACUAAGUUCUUGCCAAGGAGGAAGGGUGCUUUCUCCCUUGCCGUUUGUUUCGAGUUUUGUUCUCUCUGUCAUUUCCUUCAUCCUGCUCGGCCUUCAUUGGUCAGACGUCAAAGAUUUUCCAGGAGAAUGUCAUGGACAACAGUUAGGAGCUCGGUUGGUGGGAGCAGAACAGAUCCACCAUCCGGUUCUUCGAGUAAUAAAAGCUCCAGGCGUCCAAGAUUACUCAAAGCCAUACAAGAUCUCAGAACUAAGCUUCUGGUGAAAAUUCAGGAGAUAAAGAAAGAUCUCCCCAAGAAACUGCUCUUUCUCUUGGUUGGAUUCUACUCUGCAACUGCAUUCUCUACGUUUAUAGGACAAACAGGAGACUGGGAUGUUUUAUCCGCUGCGUUGGCUGUAAUCGUAGUGGAAUGCAUCGGAGCUUUAAUGUACAGAGCAUCCAUUCCUUUAAUCAACAAGAUGCGGAGCAUGAUAACCAUGUUUAACUAUUGGAAGACUGGACUCGCCCUUGGACUGUUCCUUGACUCAUUCAAGUAA